UGUUCGGUUGCAUUUCGAGUUAUACGGAUCAAGAAGAAAUGGUAGAAACUACAGCAUUAGUUUUAAUAGCAAGUGCAUUUUUGCUCGCAUGGUUGUACAUUCAACAUGCAUAUGGUUAUUGGAAACGAAGGGGUGUUCCAUAUUUAAAACCUACAUUCCCAUUUGGAUCAUUUGCGAAGGGAAUUCUACAACGAAUCUCCAUCGACGAUCAGAUUAAAGAGGUCUACGACAGUACUUCAGAGCCAUUUAUCGGUGCGUACAGCCUCCUCAGGCCAGUAUUGCUGAUGCGUGACCCAGAAUUGGUGCGAACCAUUUUGGUAAAGGACUUUGAGAAUUUCUCCAGUCGGGGCUGGUAUGUAAAUGAACAUGUCGAUCCGAUGGCACACAAUAUGCUUGUACAAAAUGGUGAUUCUUGGCGAAAUUUCCGGACAAAGCUGGCUCCAACAUUUACUACUGGAAAAUUGAAGGCAAUGUUCGAAACGGUCGUUAAAUGUGGGGAUUCGCUCGAGAGUGUGAUUAAUGAACAUGCAAAAAGUGGAGAGGCUGUUGAAAUGCGCGAUAUAUUCGCUCGUUUUGUAACCAAUGUCAUUGCAACCGUUUCAUUUGGGAUUGACAUCGAUUGCCUUAAAGAACGCGACUGCGAGUUCCGGCAGUAUACACAGCGAUUUUUUGAACCAACCGUAAUAAAUGCGUUCCGUAAUACGGCAUCAGCAUUUGCUCCAUCAAUAGCAAAAUUGUUCCGGACUAGAUUCGUGGACAAGGACGUAGGUGACUUUAUGACAGGCAUUGUAAAGGAAAAUUUAGAAUUCCGUGAAAAAAACAAUGUCACACGUAAGGAUUUCUUUCAAUUGCUAAUGCAGUUAAAAAACACUGGCAAAGUGAAAGAAAGCGACGAUGAUUGGACAACAAAAUCAACGACAACAGGAGCUAAUUUGAUGAGUGUUAGUGACAUGUCCGCACAAGCACUUUUACUUUUCGUCGCUGGUGCUGAGUCCAGCAGUGCAACAAUGUCGUUUUGUCUCUACGAACUCACAAAAAGACCUGAACUUCAACAAAGAGUUUACGAAGAAAUUGUUUCAGUUCUCAAAGAACACAACGGAGAAUUGUCAUAUGAUGCUCUCGCUGAUAUGAAAUACAUAGAAUGUUGUAUUGAAGAAACAUUACGUAAGCAUACUCCUUUCGGAUUUGUCACGAGACUAUGCGUAAAAGACUACAACAUCCCAGACACAAAUAUAGUAAUUGAAAAGGGAACGCAAAUCAUGAUUUCGAUGGACGGACUGCAAAUGGAUCCCAAAUUCUACAAAGACCCGAUGGAAUGGAAACCGGAACGUUUUAGAGAAGAAAAGGUUCCAUUUGUCGAAAGACCAUUCCUAGCGUUCGGGGACGGCCCUCGCAGUUGCAUCGGCUUCAGAUUCUCCAAGCUACAAACAAAGCUAGGACUUGUGCUUCUAUUGCGCAAAUUUAGAUUCGAACUCCACGAAACACACACUGAAAAAGAGCUUGAAAUAAGUCCGUUAUGUUUGGCUAAAUUGCCAACAUUUGGCAUUAAUUUAAAAGUUCACUUGCGUGCAUAAUGGUAAUUUUAUCGAUACCAAUGGGUUGGGCUGUCCUUAAUUUUCAUAUUAAAUUUUGAAUCUU